AUGUCUGCACAAACAGGUUCUGCGACCAAUGCCGAUAAAGGUAAAGGCAAGAGUGUUGCUGAGCCUCAAGAUGUGACCAUGGGCGAGGGCGGCGAGGAUAGCUCCAGUGAAGAGGAAGUUGAUGAUGAUGCUCCACCACCAGCCGAAGAAGUCGAGGAAGAAGUUUCAGACAACGAAAUCGAUAAGAGCAACAUUAUUCAAGGUCGUCGUACUCGUGGCAAGCAAAUCGACUUCGCCGCAGCUGCCAAGGAACUUCCAGUUGAAGAUGAUGAGGACGAAGACGAAGACUUUCAAUCCGAGGGAGAGGAUGAUGAUGAGAUGGCAGGAAACUAA